AUGCCUGGAAAGAAAGACAACAAAAAGGAUGCUAAGAAAGGAAAACCCGAACCAGAAAAAAAGAAGGAGGAGGAGAAAAAAGGAAAAGAUGACAAAAAGGGGGGAAAAGAUGACAAGAAGGGAAAAGACGACAAGAAAGAUGACAAAAAGGCAGGAAAGGAUGACAAGAAAGGAGGAAAGAAGGGAAAAGAGGAGCCUCCCCCUAAAGGCAAGGAUGACGGAAAGAAAGGAAAGGACAAAGGGAAAGGAAAGAAGGUGGAAUCUGAGGAGGAGUCUGAGGAGCUACUAAGUGAGGAGGAAGAAGAAAGUGAUGAAGAUGAGGACUCAGAGGACGACAAGCGCAGGAAAGGCAAAGGGGGAAAGGGCGACAAAGGAAAGAAGGGCGGUAGGAGACGAGGGGAUGACUCUGAUGAGGAUGAAGAUGAAGAUGAGGACGACGAUGAAGAUGAAGAUGAGGACGACCACAAAUCCAAAAAGAAAGCCAAAGGCGGAAACUCGGAUCAGAAAAGCGGCUUUUUCAAAGGGAUGUUUGGGAAGAAAGAUGCCGCUGGUCUUAAGAACCGAAGCAAAUUGCUGGGCAGGGUUGCCGCAGCUACCAACUGGUUGACCAAUCGCUUUUUGUCUAGUAAAAUGAGGGGCCGCAAGGGGCAGCAAGGUCAUGGUGGCCAAAGAGGGCAAAGUCGCAGAGGGCACAUGCACGGAUAUCAAAACGAUGGUUAUGACUAUGGCGAUGAAGCUUAUGGUGAUCCACGAUAUGCAGGUCAUCCUAAUGGUUACGCUGCAUAUGAUGAUGGCUAUGGAGGUUACGGAGAGGAGGCGGCUGCAUACGGAGGCCAUGCAAGUCAUCAUGCUGAUCAAGGUCAUUAUCAGGAUCAAUAUGGUUACUACAAUGGCGGAGUAGACGGAGCUGACUAUCAGGACUUAGGUUAUUAUGAGGAUGAUGGGCAGUAUGAUCCUAACGCCGAAUAUUAUGAAGGAGGUGUUUAUGAGAAUGGAAUGGACAAUUAUUAUAACCCCUACGAUUCCACCGCGGAUUACUAUGAACAGGAAGCCAAUUAUUACGGAUAUCAGCAACAAGCGAUGGGUGCGUAUGGUGAUGAAGCUCUUGACUACUAUGCCAUGAUGGGAGAAAAUCCCAUGUACGCAAGCGGGCUUGAUGGCUACAUGGAUCCUAUGAUGCAAGUUUAUCCAGCAACAAAUGAUACCCCAACAGAUGAUGUCCCCUCAACCGCUAAUGAUGUCACCACAGCAAAUGAUGGCAGACCAGAUGAUGAUUAUGUCCCAGGAUCAGGGUUACGGACCACCUUCAAUACCCACUCCUUCUGCGAUGCUCAUCAAGCAGGCAGGCAUGACUCCUCUACCUGCACGCAGAAUGCAGGCCUCCCCCACACCAUCUCGGCGCUCUGUGAUGAUGCCCUCUCCUCAGAUGCAACGACAUCCCAUGGCCAUGCCUGGGUCCCCCAUGAUGACUCCGAGACAGAUGUCUUCUCCACACCCUUCAAUGAGAGGUGGCUUCAUGGGUGCUCAAAGGCCACCCUCAGUGAUGUCGAGACAUGUGUCGCCACCUCCUUCACCACGAUCUUCUCCCCUUGCCCGUCGACGAAUGUCCCCUCAGAGAUCACCUCCUCCCAUGGCACGGCCCCCAUCCCCCCCACGCUCUCCACGGACCUCAAUGCUUCGUCGCAGUCCUCCUGGUUCACCAAGGGCUUCUAUGCGCCGCCGGUCCCCGCCUGGUUCACCCCGUGCUUCCAUGAGGCGACAAAGUCCUCCUCCUGCACCCAGUUCUGCUCGUAG